AGAAAAAGUCGAGAGAAAAAGUACAAGAGUUGAUUUCGAUCAUGUACGAUGUAAUGUCGUGUCGGCUGUCUGAAUACUCUUAGAAACAGUUAGUGUGAUAUUUCUCCAAAUGAUUUAAGUAUAAAUACAAGGACAAGAAAUAAUCAAAAUUGUAACCUCACAAGUCACAACCUUGUAAGUGUCGAAGAUGGUCCAAAGGAGAAGUUUUAUGAAGAGAGGAACAAUAUAAUGCCUAAGGUACUAUACAUUUAUAAUUUUUUUUUUUUUUUUAGCAUCCAACGACGAAUUUGGGUGGUCAGCUUUCAAAAUAUGUUUAUUUUGAAAAGUGUUUCGGAAAAUACUUUUGGAGAGUAGUAAUUUGUGUUUGGUUCAUCAAUUUGCAAAACAUUUUACCAAUAUUAGAAUAGCAAUUUGCAUUGGCCAAGGUUUCAAACUUAUUUUCGAGGAAAGUUAUUUUUUUUUAGCUUCUAAAAAAUAACUUCUGGCACAUACAAAACUUGACCAAACAUCUCUAUUUUCUAAAAUAAUCAUUUUUGAAAAAAUAAAUAAACACGUUUGACUUGUUAAAAACUUGGCCAAAUAGGCUAAAAGGCACAACAAAAUCGUAGCUUAAUUAAUUACUACAAUUACUAAUAAAAAGGUUAUUGUUAUUUUUCUUGGGUGGUGUCCUCACAUGCAGACAAAGGUGGUUGUUAAUGUAUCAAUGAAUGGACAACUUCGUCCAAGUUUGAAGAAGCGGAUUUUCGGUUGCCUGGUUCAAGACACUACUUGCAAAUAUAAAGUCAUGAAAAUUGCAGCACCUUUACCAGGGGUGGAGAGAGUAAGUAUAGAAGCAGACUUGUUGACAGUAAUAGGAGAGGGAAUAGAUACAGUGGAGCUGGUGAACAUACUUAGGAAGAAAGUUGGAUUUGCUAAAAUUGUGACACAGAAUGAAAACACAGAAGAAACAACACAGCCACAGCCACAGCCGCAGCAACAGCCUACUGUUAUAAAUCAAGUGCUUCCUAUGGUUGAGAUGUUUGAAAUUAGAGAUCCUUACUAUUAUAACAAUUCCUGCUUUCCAUGGUGGUGAUGCCUCAGAUGAAAAUUGGAAGAAAUUUAACGUGAUCUGGUGAGGGGAAUUUGCACUUCCGAAGACCUAUAAAAUUAAAGAAGAGUAUAUAGAAAAAUUGAGAUUGAUUUCUUGUAAGUUGUAAGCAAGUAUCUUCUCUUCAAUGCCCUGGCCUGAUAUCUAGUGUUGCACUUGUGUAGUGCUUAUUGUUGUACUCGAUCUGUA